AUGGUUCUUGCUAGGAAGAUCAACAAGAGACUCGUUGCUGAGAUCAACUUGGUGGCAUCGGCGUCAGGCUUUGCGAUUCCGACAGUAAUAAUGUCUUCCUCGGAGUCCGCUGUCCUGGGGAUUGUUAAUGAUCAGGUUUCGCGUGUUGAUCCCUCUGUGCUCCACUCGAUUCUCGCCGACGGUCAUAUCCCAAUGAUUGCCUUUGUGGCCGCGGAUGAGGCUGGGAAGGGUUAUAAUGUGAAUACUGAUAUAGCAGAUGGCGAACCUAUGGUAGCUGUUAGGUUUGAGAAGGGUAUGCAAGGACAGGUGAAUACAAGCAUAGAUCAUGGGGCUGAGCUUGUGAAUGGAGUUGACACCGUGAGAUAUCAUUGGAGAAAUUCCGCAAAGGAUCCAGCUUCAGAGGCAAGGAUAAAUGCAAAACGCCUGUGA